CUGCUGUGUCAGACCGUCGGCUGCCAUGGCGUCCUACUUCGAUGAGCACGACUGCGAGCCGUCGGACCCUGACCAGGAGGCCCGAACCAACAUGCUGCUGGAGCUCGCGAGGUCACUUUUCAAUAGUAUGGACUUUGAAGACUUGGGGCUGGUAGUAGAUUGGGAUCACCACCUGCCUCCACCUGCUGCCAAGGCUGUGGUUGAAAACCUUCCCAGGACAGUCAUCAGGGGCUCUCAGUCUGAGCUCAAGUGCCCAGUGUGUCUUUUGGAAUUUGAGGAGGAGGAGACUGCCAUUGAGAUGCCUUGCCAUCACUUCUUCCAUUCCAACUGCAUUCUGCCCUGGCUAAGCAAGACAAAUUCCUGCCCCCUCUGCCGCCACGAACUGCCCACUGAUGAUGACACUUAUGAGGAGCAUAGACGAGAUAAGGCUCGCAAGCAACAGCAGAAGCACCGGCUGGAGAACCUGCAUGGAGCCAUGUACACAUGAGGCAGCUGGGGCUGAGUACCGGUCCUCCACGCCUUCCUCUGGCACCUCAAACCCUCAUUAAAGGUUUCUUUACCCAC